CAAGAAGGGCAGCUCCUAUAAAAGGCAAGCUUGCUUUUAUCCAGAGGGAAAACGCAACAAUCUCAAUCUCUCUCUCCGCGUAUCUGUUUUUUUUUUAAAACCCGAAAUCAUUCAUUCCUGAGUUAAUGGCGGAUCAACUCACCGAUGACCAGAUCUCUGAGUUCAAAGAAGCCUUCAGCUUGUUCGACAAGGAUGGCGACGGUUGCAUCACCACCAAGGAACUUGGGACUGUGAUGAGGUCAUUGGGCCAGAAUCCCACUGAGGCAGAGCUCCAGGACAUGAUUAAUGAGGUGGAUGCUGAUGGUAAUGGGACAAUUGAUUUUCCCGAGUUCCUGAACCUGAUGGCCAGGAAGAUGAAGGAUACCGACUCUGAGGAGGAGCUUAAAGAGGCCUUCCGGGUAUUUGACAAGGAUCAGAAUGGUUUCAUCUCAGCUGCUGAGCUGCGCCAUGUGAUGACAAACCUGGGGGAGAAGCUUACCGAUGAAGAAGUUGAUGAGAUGAUCAGGGAAGCUGAUGUUGACGGAGAUGGUCAAAUAAAUUAUGAGGAGUUUGUCAAGGUUAUGAUGGCCAAGUAAUGAUCCCACCCUCGCAAAAACGUCUUAUAAGAAAUCAUUUUGAAAAAGAUUUGGAGAAAAUAGGGUUGGCUAAUAUAAUGGGAUCCCUAGUUGUUAUAUAUAUUUUCGAGUAUCUUUUCAGUUUUUACAUAUUUUACUUCCAUCUGUGAACCUAAUCCAGCUUGCAGAACAUUGUUUUCUGUUGCAUGAAUGACACUGUUAAUUACUUGGCUAUUUCUUAUUUGCCUUUAUAGCUUCUGUGCAUAUCCGAAUUUUUUGUUUAA